ACAAUUCGCCGCACAUCUCCUCCUGUCCGGAUGAGAUCCCAAGCCGCUACUCCUCGUCUCCGGACGAGGUGCAGCCGCAGAAGCCGACGCUGAUGAGACGAUGCCGCGACGCCGGCGACCGCCGCCGCCAUCGCGGAUCACCAGGACGCCACCGCCGCCGGUGCCUCGGAUACGUCGUGGAAUACCAGAACGCGGCCGUCGCGGAUCACCAGGACGACACCUCCUUCCCCUCACUCCACCACACACCGCCUGCCAGAUCUCGCCGUGCAUCGAUAGCCAUCGACGACCCACUCCACCCUACCUGCCCCGGCCCUGACGCCGCCACAUACCAAGCGCCGCCACAGCUGCAUCGAUCUAAGGUGCAACGCGUCCCAUCACCACUGAUCUAUGAUUGUGGUUCGAGACGGGUCUGCGGCACCGGCGGCGAGAGGAGCCGCCUGGUUGAGAAGCUCAUCCAUGACGUUUGUGUCAGCCCGUGGUCGUCCGGCGUGUCAAGCCGUCGAUCUGGAGUCCCAGGUCCAUACUCUCUGCAGGGUGCUUGCAGAAUGGUGUGGCAAAAUGGAGUAACAUCACAGGGCUUCUUGUCGCGCCCACACACCGUGGAGCCGCCAGCCUACCCGAGCCACCGUUGAUCAGCGUCAACUCCAUAAGGGAAAUAUAUGGUACUGAUUUCUUAGGUUGUUAGGUUCUAUGUUCCCCUAGGAUUUAAAAGUUACUGUGACUGUAAUCGGAUAUCCAUUUCAAUAAGAACUUCAGUGCUUGAGUUUUUCUGUUUC